UCCAAAUGGCGUGAAGAUUAUGGAUCGCUAUUUCCAGCGGAGGAGCCUGAAUAUGGCAGGAUUUGACUUAUAGAAAGUAGGAGACCCAUGGUACCUUUCGGGGUUCCUUUUACCCCUCCAUUUUGAAAACUACUACUUUAUUUAUUUCAUAACCAUAAUUGCAGGAUGCUUAACUCCUUCCUCUCCUUUACAACACUAUCCGCGCUGCUCGCAACAGCCAUCACCAAACCAAUCGAUCCACGAGAAGCAGCCUCAUGGCCUGACCCCGAGCCUUGCACUGGCAAUUGCAGCUACAUACACGACCCAAGCGUUCUCCGCAGAAAAGACGGCACCUGGUUCCGAUUCUCAACCCUCGGAAACAUCGCGAUCGCAACCGCACCAGCACUUACCGGACCAUGGACAUACCAGGGUGCAAUGCUUCCCUCUGGCUCGAAAAUCAACGUAGUUAAGAACCAGCAGCUCUGGGCUCCGGAUGUGUCUAACAUCGAUGGGACAUAUUAUGCGUAUUACUCAGUGUCGCAUAGUGGGCUUCAAACUUCAGAUAUUGGCGUUGCGACGUCCUCGUCACUAAACGUCGGAUCGUGGACUGAUCACGGCAGCGUUGGAGUCCCGAAGUCGGGCAAUUACAAUCUCAUCGAUCCGAAUUUCUUCCGGGAAUGCGCGAACUGUCAGAAUUACUGGUCCUUUGGUUCCGCUUGGAACGAUGUGUAUCAAACGUCCCUAAAUCCAGACUUCUUGACCUGGUCCGGAGUAACCCCAGCACAGAAACUGUUUAAUUCCACGGUACCUAAAGGUCAGAAUUAUCCGAGUAUCACGGAAGGCAGUUUCCUAUUCUGGUGGCCGGUUAGUGGGACUAAAUACUACUACAUGUUUUUCUCGAGCGGGGCAUGUUGUAAUGCUGGAACCGCGCUUGCGCCGCCAGGGGACGAGUAUAAAAUCAUGGUGUGUCGCGCGACAUCCCCGACAGGGCCGUUUGUAGACCAAGCCGGCAAGAGUUGUUUGAAGGAGAAUGGAGGCACGUUGGUGCUUGGGACGCAUGGCGAGAAUGUGUAUGCACCGGGGGGUCAGGGUGUGGUUUUUGAUCAAAGUGUUGGGAGGGUAGCCCUGUAUUAUCAUUAUGCGAAUCCGAAGAUUGGGUAUGGGUUUGAGAAAUUUCUCUUUGGGUUUAAUUACCUCGAGUUCGCUUCGGGAUGGCCGGUUGUUACCUCAUAAUGACAAUGAAUAGAGCGGACAGAUAUCUGU